AUGGCCUUUGAGGAAGCAGAAGGUUUUAGUGAGAUAUUAAAAAGUAAAACAUAUUUAGUUGUCCUCAUAGGAGCAGCCAACGUAGGAAAAACUGCUUUAGUCUACCGCUAUGUUUUGAAUGAGCUUCCAGUAGCCCUUACUUCAACUAUAGGAGUUGAAUUCACGAAAAGAGUUGUUACAAGCAUUUCUACAGGACAAAAAGUCCAACUCCACAUAUGAGAUACAGCAGGCCAAGAACGGUUCAAAAGCGUCACAAAGCAUUAUUAUCGAGGUGCUGAUGCCUGCAUAAUAGUGUACGAUAUAUCAAACAAAGAAUCGUUUGAAGAGGUACCAAACUGGCUUGCUGAACUUAAAGACAAUACUCCUGAAGAAUGCAUUGUCUGUUUACUAGGCAACAAAAUGGACUUGGAAGCAACUAAUCAUAGAAGGGUAUCACGUGAAGAAGCCAUGAGGUAUGCAAAUGCCCAUGGACUUGUAUACCAUGAAACUUCAGCAUUUUGGGAUAGAGAAGUCCAGAUGAAUCCAGAUAAAAUUGUGGGUGGGAUAGAAAAAAUUUUUGAUAAAACCAUUGGGAACGCAUUAGGUAGACAUAGCCUCAAAGAUGAGCCGAAAGAGUUACUUAAGCCGAGUGGAAAAGGAGUGAAAUUGGAUUUGCAGCAAUUAUAUACGUACCAUAGUGAUAAUAGAUGUGGCUGCUAA